AUUCCGCGACAGCUCCAAUCAAAACAGACAACUGUUGGCGGCAGUUAAACUUCUUCACAUGAAAACCUGGACAGCAUGUCGCAGACAGACUGGGUCCGACUCCUCACAGAGGGACACCUGUUAGUUAAAAGCUGUGAUGAAGAUACUCCGUCAGGAAACACACAGGAGCCGAGGCAGGGUGAGGAAGAUGAGAGAAACCUGUUCAGCUUCACCCCGCAGCUCAUCCACCUGCACAAGGACCACGAGCUGUUUGAGGACGGAGACAUCCACAGACACAUGUACCUGCAGGACCUCUACAUCUCAGAGACUGAGGACAAACCAACACUCAGUGUGUCCGAGUUCGCCUGUCACAUUUCUGGCUGCAGUGCAGUCUUCAGCACUUUGGAGGAGUAUGAGCACCACUACAACUCCCUACACAGAAACGUGUGCUGCACCUGCCGUCGCUCUCUGCCAAGUGCCCGGCUACUGGACAUUCACAUUCAGGAGUGGCACGACUCUCUCUUCACUAUCCUCGCUGAGAGGCAAGACAUGUACCAGUGUUUGGUGGAGGGCUGUGGACAGAAGUUCAGGACGAGUAAACACAGGAAGGACCACCUGAUAAGAAUUCACAAGUAUCCUCCAGACUUCAGAUUUGACAAAACCAAAAAGGACAGAGGAACCCGGCAGACGAAGAGACAGCCGCAGAAAGACACAGCCAUGGAGGUUGUGGAUGACGUGUGUGAGUCUGAGGGUGUGUGUGAGGUGAUGUGUGAUGUCCCGUCCGACCAGCCCGAGCAGGGAGAAUCCAUGGAGACGCAUGUGUCCGAGGAAGAACUUGAUCGCAUGGCGAAGUCUGUCUCUGCUGAGGAGCCUGUGGAUCUUUCUGCUGCAGCUCACAGCACAGAGAACACAAGCACAGAGCCACUAAAACCACGAUACACCUACAGGGUCCCCACAACUGUUUGCUUUGGUCACGGCUCCGUCCGAGGCUUCAGAGGGCGACGGGGAAGGAGGAAAUGAAAGCAGUGUCUUGUAAAAGAAUUUAUUUGCUAUCAUAUGUGUCCAUGACUUAAAAUAAAAUGUUUUUUAU